AUGGCUCACUCUCAAGCUCAAAAGUUCUGGCAAUCUCCCACCCAGCAAUUCGUAUCCUGCACUAUCUCAGCCUGCUUCGACCCAAUGUCAAAGCCCAGCAUUCCAUACGUUGAAGGUGCAACGUUCGAGGUCCGACGUCACGAACCCCCCCAGCCGACACGCGGAUCAUCUUGUAUAGCGAAUCCGACAGACAUGAAGGAACAACAGCGCAUGAGCCUCCUGGAACGCUGCUUUCUCCAUCCCCCUCUCCCAGGUCCAGCAACCCCCGCAGGCUCCGACUCCGAGUACGAGAGCGUCCCAUCAUCUUCUUUGUCGCUCCUCAGAAUCCUCAAACCAAUCUCAGUCCACGACAACCAGGCGGCUCAAAUCAUACUGUGCGGCUCCGGCGGUGAUAUGAUCGCCAAGUUUUACGAUCCUCUCUAUGCCGCUACUCCGACUCGUGAAAACGACAUCUUUGCUGAUCCCUUCCGAACCGCAGAUUACAGCUACGCUCACGAGACAGCGGCAUAUGAAGCCCUGACCCGGUUCGCGGCCAGGCACCCACAUAUUUCGUGCUUCUUCCCUCGAUACUACGGCUCGUACACAUGCGAGAUAUCAACCCCUUUAGCGGGCAAGACUCGCACUGUGCGGUUGAUACUGAUGGAGUACAUCGAGGGUACGUGCCUUAGCAAAGUGGAUCCGACUCAGAUUCCGCCCCUGCCGCAGGAUGGGCGAAAAUGCAUUAUGGCCAGUAUUGUGAAUGCGGAAAGCGCUCUCUCCGCUGGCGGCUUGAAUCACAGGGAUCUCUUCCCUCGAAAUAUUAUCCUAAGGGGUUACCUGGGCGGUCGAGCGGGCCUCGCCGCCGUCACUACCGGCGAGCUGAAGCGCUCUUCCGACUUCUCGGUGGUCGUCCUCGAUUUUGGCAGAUCGGACAUCUUGCAUGGAAAGCGCUGCGCAGAUGACCAAGGCAGACCCAUCUCCCCAAUUCUGCGCUGGGAUAGGCGUACCGAAAUACAUAUCGACUGGCAACUGCUGGGAUGGGUGGAUUGGGACUGGCAGGCGUGGUUGGAGCAACAAUGGAAGAACUCCACCACAUACGCACCCAUCACGGAGGAGCUCAGGAAAACCUGGCUGGGGGUUUAUGACAGACAAUUCACCGUUCCCCCACCUGUUCCAUUACGGAAGAAUAAAGAAACCGAUGGUUUGGAGGUACCCGUAAUGCUCAAGUCCAGGAGCAAAAUUCUACGUUAA